CGGGUCUCUUCAAACAAAGAUAACAAGCACAACCAGUUACACUAAACAAAUUUAUUGCAUCCUUUUUAUACAAAAAAUAGACAAAGUUAAUCUCUGAAAAUCAGAGGACUUUUUCAUCAUAAUUAGCAAGCUCACUAAGUCUACCGUAUGUAUUUUUAUCGAGCUUGAUACUUCUAUUUUCAUAGUAGAGUUUCCUGUAAUUUUCUCAAUUUUAAAUUCCCGCUCUCUCCUUAAUUUUUGCUAAAGGUAAAUGGGUAAUUGGCCAACAUGGAAGAAACUAAUUAUGUAACUACUGUUGUAUCCUCGCAUUUUUCAAUUUAAAUUUAAAUUUUGUGUUUUUUUAUCUUUGUUCUUUUCUCUUUCUAACUUCCUCCGAAAUUUCAUCCAUCGUGCAAUAGUUUGCGCCUUUCACUUCCCAGUACAAGACUGUUAUUGAAAAUCAAUCUUCAGGUAUCUCUUAACACUACGGUUUUAUUGUUGGGGACUUUAAGCUGGGCGAGUAGAAGAUUUCAACUCCGAUAUCAAUUCAUGGCGAAUAGAAUGGAGUUCAUCAAUAACUGAAGUUGUAGAAGAAAGAUUAGAAAUUGAAUUUUUGGUUGAAUAUAUGCAUCUUGAGAUAGAAAUUUGGUUGUACAACGGAGAGUGGUGGCUAUUGGAUCUUUAGGUUUAUGGUUUUUGCAAUUUUCAUAACCUAUUUCUAUCUUAAAACGAGGAAUCAUUGAUUGAUUGUUUGAAUUCUUUAUUCAACCUACUGGAACUAAUAGAUAAGGAGUGUCUAAUUUUGCGCCUUAUUACUUUGAUCGAGUCUAUUCGUAUAUUGGAGAUAACCCUGAUUUUUUCGUUUGCUCUCAAGUUGUGAUGGUCCCUUCUUAGCUGAGUUUUUAGUAUAUAGAUGACUUGAAUCAACAACUCUCUAUUUCUUUUUGAUUAGUGACAUAUUGUUUCUAAAAGGAGAGCAUUGAACCCUUUAUAUAGGAUUGUGAGGUUUAAGAUUUAGUUUCAAACUAUCUAUGCGUUGUGUGAGAAUUUCGGUGAGCUUUUAUACUCUAUAUUUCUUGAUUGUCAAAGAAAACUAACCAAUAGCAUUUUAACAGGGACUUAAUUAGCAUUAUGAAAAUGGGGUCAAUGAUACAUUUUUAUAUUUUAUAUUCUUAAAUGAUUAUGAUAUUUCUCCGAAUGUUCGACCUAUAUAUUAUUUCUUUAUGUAUCAUCUCGAUCGAAUAAUUAUCAAUAAAAUUAAACGGGUUAAUAGACUUAAGAGUAACAUAAAAAUACAAAAAAUCAAAUAUGAGCAUUCCGGCCAAAGGGCCGGGUUAUAAGCUAGUUUUGUUAAUGCAAUUAAAAAAAAUGGAGUGUGGCUGGUGGAGAAGAAAAAUUAUUCAGGGAUUUUUUAUUUUUAUAAAUAUAUUAUUCAGGGCCUCAAAGAUCCGAUAACAGUCCUGCCUUAUAAAUCAUAACACGUGUGACGGUGUGAGCCGGGGUCGAACACAAAUCCCUAAUUUUUUACGAUUACAGAAGAUUUCAAAUCCGAGAUCCCCAAUUUCGCUCUUUCCCCUCCCUCGGUCCUUCCCUAGGGUUCUUACAUUCCGGCCAUGGAUACCCAACAGAUCCCUCUACUGUCUUUGGCUGCUAAUCUCGAGCUUUCAAGCGAUGAAUCCGCUCCUGGAACCGACUCUGCCUCCCCAACGAGCGAAACUGGGCUUGAAUCGGAGCCAAAGAAGCGAUGACGAAGACGAGGUCGCCGAUGGUGACAGUAGCGAAAAUGACGAAGAGGACGACGAUGAGGAUGUACAAAUAAUAUACGUGGAAGAGGAGGAGGAGGAUGACGGCACGGUCCGCGAAGAGUUUGUCCAGGCGCCGUCGAAGCCCUUAAUCUGGUACCCUAAAGACAAGGAAGGACAGGAGACAUUUAAGCGCUACUAUGAGAUUGUUAAGGAAAGCGAGGGGUUUGAUGUCGGCGAACUUCCUCCGGUGGACAUCUUUGAAGGCGGGGUUCUGCCGGUGGAUUUGGAUUCCGAAUUCAUGGGCAACUAUGUCAAGGACUCUGUGGAUUAUGUGAUUAGGAGAUACAAUGAAGAACACAUGGGGGAGUCGGAGCUGCGGCUUGAUUCGAUUGAGAAGGCUAAUUGGAGUCCUUGUGCUGGUGAGAACUACUACAUCACCUUCGACGCUACCGACCUGCUGUCGUCUGAUCCUAAUCGUGCGAAGAGAACCUAUCAAGCUGAGGUUUACCGGAACAUCAGUGGCGUUCUGUCAACCACUCUGUUCCGCGAGAAAGGCCAGGAACAGUUUAUCAAAGUAAUGGAGGACCGCCCAAUCACCUAUAUCUGAUUCUUCUUUGGAGAACCUCAAAGGCUUUGAAUGGGUUUAGUUAGGUACUGUUGCCACUGUGUAUUUGUCUUUUAAUGUGAUUAUUAUAUCUGGGUAGAACUGUGAUGCAUGAUAAUGGUAUUGGUGAGUCUUGUUUGAGUUUUCCCUGUGCUUGCCAAUUGCCAUGGUUACAACAUGCAACUGGGUUGGUGACUGUAAUAUAACAAGUUUGUCUAGCUUUGAUAGAAAUGAUUAUCGAGUGUAGAGACAGUCAUCUGACCUUUGCUUCACAUGUUUGCAUUACUUGCUGUUUAUUCAGUCAACUUGGUGUCUUUCUGUCAAGUUGGUAUCUUUUAGGUAAAGAUCAGCAUCACCCUGACCAGAAAGAUGUACAUUUCAUGCAUAUGGUUGUCUGUUUAUGUGAAGGUUUCUUGAUUGGCUUUUGGUUGAGUUAAGCUGAUGUACUUAAUUUCAUGCUUGUUGAUAAAAAUGAGGUUGGUCUAAAUUCAUGGGGCUCGUAAUAAACGUGGAAUUAUAUUUUUACUCAAAAUCUUCGCCGGUUAGGUCCCCAAAUCGAUUCGCUCCUUCCGCAACCUCCAAUUCCUCGACCUCUCCGGGAAUAUGUUCAUCAAUGUGGCGGGUCGGGUUUGGUGACGUGGAAGGUUAAAAUUGGAUUAGUUUACACUUCUGUUAGCCAUGUCAGCAAUUGACUGACGGUGUUAACAAAAAUUGACGGAGACUAACGGAGAGUGACUAAACGUGGAUCGUUUUCCUAGUUCGAGUGACCGCUAAUGAAUUUAAAUAUUUGGA